UUCUUCUAGGUCUGCCCAAGAAAAUGACCCUCAGUGGGGGUGGCUUCCCCCAGCCGUACCAAGCAGCCCAGCUGCACCUGCAUUGGGGAUCGGGGCACAGCCAGCCUGGCUCUGAACACACAGUGGAUGGGCACCGUUACGCGGGUGAGAUUCAUGUGGUCCAUUAUAGCUCCCGAUUUGAGAGUCUCCAGGAGGCUGCGAGUGAGCCUGGAGGGCUGGCUGUGCUGGCCGCAUUUCUGCAGGUGGGGAUGGAAACAAAUGAACCAUAUCAGCACAUCCUCAAACAGCUGAGGGAUAUCAAGGAGGAAGGAGAGGAAACGGCCGUUGCCGGCUUCGAUGUAGCCAAGUUGCUUCCUGACGACCUCGAUCGCUAUUUCCGCUACAACGGCUCCCUGACCACCCCACCUUGUUACCAGACGGUGAACUGGACAGUCUUUAACCAGACAGUCCGGCUCUCCCGGGAACAGAUCUCUGUGCUGGAGGAGACCCUCCAUGGAGACGAGGAGGAGCCCAUCCAGAGCAACUUCCGCCUGCUCCAGAACCUUAAUGGCCGGAGCGUCCUGUCAAGUUUCCAGAGCCUGGAGAAGGUUCAGCCACCAGGCGGCGGGCCCUUGGAGAAGGGAGGGGGCCAGGCAGAGCCUGAAGCAGGUGGAGGUCUCUCCUCUCCUCUCCCAGGUGGCGCCCCAAGAGAUGGCCUUCACCCCACUUCUGGACAAGGUGGAGGUCUCUCCUCUCCUCUGCCAGGUGGAGCCCCAAGAGAUGGCCCUCACCCCACUUCUGGACAAGAUGCUGAGAAGCGGCUGGGCAUCUCCAUUCACACAGGGGACAUUCUGGCUAUUCUCUUUGGAUCCCUGUUUGUGGCCACAGCGCUCGCCUUCCUCUUCUACGUUCGCAAGCACCGGAGGCAGGCAAGCAGGACACACGCCACAAAGCCCGCUGUCCUCUACCCUCUGGCCUCCACUGAUGAGCAGGCACUGUAGCUGGCAGCACCCAGGCCACGUUCCGCCCCUCACCCUUGGAGCUCCUUCCUGCCUUCCAAGCCCCAAGCGCCUAGCCCCCCUCUGCUAGCAGCCGGGGGAGGUGCUCAGGCCAGUCGGAGGAAGAGCAGCCCAAAGACGAGAGAGGCUGCAGAGGGCUGAGAAGAAUCCCCUCUGGACUCCUGGGAAAGCCGGGCCGCCUGCCUAAAAUUCAGCCCGCCAGGCUCCCGAGAUGCUGCUUCCAGCCAGAAACCUGUGACUUACCUUCAGACGGGCUGCCAGGCACAAGGCUUCUUCUUGGAACGAGCCUUGCCCAGCGGCUACCUGGAGGGCUGGAGCCAGAGAAAGGCAGGGAAAAUUAAGGCUGGGUCCUGUCACUCUCUCCCACCCUUCUUGUUGGGAAGCCUCAUUGGCCAAAAGCUGGACUGGUCUGAUUAAUGGCUUCUUUAUGCCCUGGACAAACACGGCAGCCUUGCCCCUCGGCCGCCGGCCGCCUGGAAGUGUUCUUCGCAAGCUGCCACCGGGAUGGCAACGGCCUUGAAACCUGCAGACUCUCAACCUUCACACAAAACCCAAAUGAAACCGCAGAUUCUAAAAACAAAAAGGUUUAUUUCGGGAAUGUGCUACUUCCCCCCCCCCUCCAGCCACUCCCCCGCGGCCUUUAAACAAAGCGCAGCUGUUGGGAUGCAGCCCCUUGCAAAACAGAUGUGCUGGGCAGAACACAAUUGGCAUUGGCACAAGCGGCCCAGGAAAACAGUAGAGCAGGCAGGGGGAGGAAUCAGCCUGGGGGAUAGGGGCUUCCUCACCCCUCCCCUCCAUUUUACAGGGGACUCCUCUACCCAAGGCCCCUUCCUGGUCUGUGGGUGGGUAGAGGGAAGGGUCUGAAGCAGCUGACUUGCCCCAUCCCUCCAAGCUCCCGGUAAAAGUGCCACCAAAACAGGCCAAUUAAAAAAAAACUGCAAAAACUCAAAAACUAGCAGAGAGAGAUGUACGGGAGGGGGCUGGGGGCGGGGGGGAGAUUAGAAAGAUGCAUGAACUCGUAAUGCUCCCAGGGCAUCUUCUGCAAGAAAAGAAGGGCUUCAGCAGAUGCCGCUUAUAAUUCUCCCGCGGAACUGACUGCCACAAGGUGGCUUGAAGAUUAUAAAAGGGAAGUGGCAGAAACUUAAAAAGUCUUUUAACGUAAUCCUCGGCUGACAGCCAUUCACUGCCCUAGUGGCGCAGUGGUCACGGAGCGGUACUGCAGGCUGCUUCUGCUGGCUGCUUUGUUUGCAAUUUGGCGGUUCGAAUCCCACCAGGCUCAAGGUUGACUCGGCCUUUCGUCUUUCCGAGGUGGGUUCAAAUGGGGAGCCGGGUUGUUGGGGGCCAGAGGCUGACUCUGCAAACUGCUUAGAGGGGUGGAAAGCACCGUGAAGCGGCAUAUCAGUCUAAG